UAUCUAUGCUGCGCAUGCGCAGACCCGUGUUUAGCGUCAGAACUAUAGUCAACAAACAUGUCUACCGCUCCUGCUCCCCAAAACAAUAACGAAGAUCCCGGACUUCAAGGCUCCUGGGUAGAGCUGGAGCUGAAUGGUAAUCCAGGGGCAGAGCGCAGGCAGAGCAGUCUGCUUACAGCACCUGCUGAAGACCAAAUCAACGCAAAUGCAGGCUUGAGUCAAAGUGUCCAGCCUUUAGACGAGGUUGAAAGUGAUGAAACCCUAAUCGGAGGACUGGAGCAUGUGCCAUCAUCAUCUUCUAUUCAUAAUGGAGACAUGGAAAAAAUACUUCUGGAUGCCCAGCACGAGUCCAGCCCUAGUAACUCAUCCUGUGAGAGUCCACACAGACCACCAAGUCCUGGGCAGGAUGACGGCCAGAUAAUGUUUGAUGUGGAGAUGUCCAGCCCAAGAGGAAGUCAGUCAGAGGAUGAUCCUUCAGACAAGGACAGAGAGGAGGACAUUCUGAUGAACAAAGCAGUUGAUUGGGUGGCCAACUGGUCCAGUAGGCCUGAAAACAUCCCACCAAAGGAGUUCCACUUUAGACAUCCCAGACGCUCGGUUUCUUUGAGUAUGAGGAAGAGGGGCGUCAUGAAGAAAGGUGGAAUCUUCUCUGCUGACUUUCUAAAAGUUUUCAUCCCUUCCCUGCUCAUCUCACACAUGCUGGCUCUUGGACUUGGGGUGUACAUUGGGAAAAGAAUCGCUGCAGCAGCCACCAGCUCCUACUGAACCUGAAAAUGAAGCAGUGCCUGGGUGUUUCCAUGUCUCCAAGCCUCCCAAACGUCUCCUGUAGUCAAGCUCUCACUCUCUGUAUCUGUCCUACACCCACAUCCUUCUCUUCCAGUCUGCAUUAACCGGUGUAACACUGUAGAUGUAGUCAUACUGAGUACGUGGUUGCACUCCAAAAGAUUUUGACAUGAUGGGGAAUACCAUAUAUGCAAGCCAUCGACUGGAAUCAAGCUGAAAAAUACCAGGAAUUUUGUGUCAGUUGUCAAGUUAAAGUUUCCUUUUGUGUCUUAUGUUAAAGCAUAUGAAAUGUGUCCUUUUUCUUAAGAAAUAUUUUUUUUUUCAGGUAUUCUGAAAAUGAUAAAUUAUGAAAUAACUAAGUUGCUGUGUGAUUACAAUAUAAAAAAACACUGACAACGAGGAACGAGGGAGACAUUUAAUAUCCUGGGAGUUUUUGGAUCUUAAGGCCCAUUUCCACAAGAUAAAGACCACCCUACAGGAUCUCUUGAUUGAUGGCGAAUAUGAAAAAUCUAUUUUUGAAGUAUGAUAUUGCUUUACUAGGCUUCUCAGGCAUCAUACGCUCUAGGAUUUCUCUUUACAUACUGCAAAAUGUUCCUAUAAUUGGAGGAUUCUGCACCUCUGUUAGCAGUUUCAGCUUAAGAUAAAAGAAUAAAAAACAGGGAUCUGAUCAGCAUAUCGGCAGAAUGAAAUUAUGCGUUGCAGGGGCUUUUCUAUACAGAGUGCUGGCCACCACUGAGAGUCCAAUAAUGCACAUUCAUUUUAACCUGUCUCAGCACUUUGGCUGCAUAUCUUAGCAAGUCCUGUCAGAAAGCAUCAUGUGCCCAAAAUUUACAAUCAGUAUUUAUUACUCUUCACUCUAACCUGGUUUCACCAUUUUUUUGAGCCAUUAAGUUUAGUUUUUCUUUAAAUGAGGUGUGAUUAUCAUGAAAAGAUAUUAAUCCUUCAAUAUGUGACUACUUGCACGUUUUUCUCCUCCGCAUUAAAUAUAAUGCCAGGACAUUUAAUUGAUUGAUACAAUAAAACCCUCUGCAUUUAAACUAUA